AUGCGCACUAAUCACUUCGUCAUGGCUGACAGUAGCUGGCCGGGCUUUGCAAAGAGUUUAAAAGGUGUGAUUUUGGACCUGUGUGGUGUUUUAUAUGACAGCGGGGAAGGCGACGGAGUUGCCAUUCCUGGCUCGAUCGAAGCUGUGAAAAAGCUCAAGGAAUCUGACCUGCAGUUGCGUUUCUGCACCAAUGAGACUCAAGCCACCAGAGAGAAGUUUGUAGCCAAGCUUCGAAGACUGGGCUUUGAUAUCUCUGCAUCAGAGGUCUUCCCUCCUGCCCCUGCAGCCAUGGCCGUUCUCAAAGACAGGGGUUUACGGCCUCACUUGCUAAUACAUGAUGGACUUCUCCCCGAAUUUGAUGGCGUUGACAAAAACAACCCAAACUGUGUGAUUAUAGGAGAUGCAGCGGAAAAUUUUUCCUAUCGGAACUUGAAUGAGGCAUUCAGGGUCCUUAUAGGCUUGGAGAAGCCGGUGCUUUUUUCUCUGGGCCAGGGGCGAUACUACAAGGAGACGGAUGGUUUGAAAUUAGAUGUUGGCGUUUACAUGAAAGCUCUGGAGUAUGCCUGUGAUUUAAAGGCUGAAGUCAUUGGAAAGCCUUCACCAACAUUCUUCCAGAGUGUUCUCAAUGACUUGGGCCUUCAACCACACGAGGUGCUAAUGAUUGGAGAUGAUCUUUUAAACGAUGUAGGUGGGGCGCAGCAUUGUGGGAUGAAAGGUGUACAGGUUCGGACUGGCAAGUACAGGCCCAGUGAUGAGAGGCACCCGACUGUGAUGGCUGACGGCACUGUAGACAACCUAGCCCAGGCUGUGGACAUGAUCCUCAAUCAGAGGGGGCACUGAAUACAAGGCUGACACAAGCAAACACUGAGAACUCUGGGUAAUCACCAGUAGCGUUAACAAGUUUUCUUUGCUAUGGGAAGGGUAGAGAAGUUAACUGAAGUAGCCCAUAGCCUCUAUGAACUCUUAACAGUUGACUGUAUUAUCACACAUUGAAAAAAGACUCCCAUCUGCUGCUCUGCAAAGUGUGACACAAACUGGAGCGAAGCUUGCAGAACACGUCUACAAGAGAUGUAGAUGUAGCGUGUUUAGCACGCUUGAGCUGCGUUAUGUAUUUACCAGUACAUGACUGGCAUAGAUAAGAUACCUCAAGUUGACAUGAAUGUGCUGUAACCAGCUGCUGACUGGCAGUUAGGAGGUGAGAGUAAUUAUGUGUUCAAGUUCCCAGUUAGUGCACAGCACAGUUAGAUUCUUUGAAAAGCUAUCAUACUCAUAGUUUGCACUAAAACUGGAAAUCCACAUUUGCUGUACUUUAAAACAUAAUUAUUGUGUUAUAUGAUGGAAACAGAAAUUGUACAGAGCAGCAGGAAGUGGUUAUCAACACAGCUAUCUGACUUUUGAUUAUUAUAAAUAAAGAUAAGUUUCUAGUCUGUGUGAAA